UAAAUACAGUUCGGAUCUUGAAUUUUGGCCAAAAUUCCAACACUCGAAAGUUGUAGAGAAGAAUGGCGAGCUCAACAUCCGGCGGAAGAAGCAGCAGCAGCAGCAGAGAGAACACGGCAAAAAACAUGGUCUCCGAUCAGAUAUCUCAGGCCGUACUAUCCACUUCCAAUCUCCUCCACCUCAUGCAGCAGUCCUCUCCUUCCCAGGCCCAAUUGAUAAAGCUUCCAAAAAACCUUUUGCUCAAAUCAUCUGCAAUUCAGAAUACUGGACAUUUAUUGGAGCAGAUGCCUCGAGUCAUUUCAUCUCUGGAUGCACAUAUGGAAACUGGGCUGCAAAGUCUACCUCAUCUGCAAACUGUAAUUCAACUACUUGCAAAUAUGGAAAGCUGCCAGCUUACUUCUCUCUCAAAACCUCAUGUCCUUCAAGAGGAACAUGAGGGAGAAAACCAAUCUUCAAACGUGGAGUAACAGUAUGCACUACACAGCACUUAUUGAAGAUUGUAUUGACAAGCUAACUUAAUGCUGUUAGCUUGUCAAAGGACACCUUCAGAGUUCUUGUUCAGGAUGAUCAGAGUAAAUUAUAUGUGUUCUCUAUGUACAUAAACAUAUUAUAAGAUAAUGCCAGUAGAUUGAGUACUGAUGAAGUUAUUCUUUCUGUUUUUACAAUAUGGAAAGAAUUUUCUGAAUAUCAUAUAUACGUUCUCACCAGUUGCACGCUAAUAUUUACUGCAAGAUCAGUUGCUCAUGGUGGUUAGUCCUUAUAAAAUAUGUGUCAGACAAGUACAGAUUGCCAAAUCUAUGUGUAUGUCAGGGCGAGCUGAUUUAUGCUAUCAGGGAAUAAUAU